AUGUUCGGCUCAGCAAGGACUUUCGCUCGUCUCUCGUCUCGCCAUCUGGAAAACUUAAGCGUCUCAAAGAAACCGGAAUCGUCCCAACCAAACAUCAAUGUACGAAAUAUACACACAAGAAAGAACACAUGUCUCCCAUCUCAACGGGCCACACCAGGACCAACGAGCAAGUCAAUGAUUUCCCAUACCAAGAGAUAUAACUCCACCAGUCUGAGUACCCCACCGCCAUCCAUCCCAGAGACAGAAAAAGGGGGCGAGCCUUCGAAUCAUGACUCUCAAAGCACUCAAGGCCCUUCGCGAAUGAGGAUCCAAUUCAAAUGCAUCGCUCCUGCGCCAUCUGACUCAAGCCAAAUCCCAAUUGAACACACGAAUAACGACCCUCCAUCUGCUGCUGUCGAACCACCUACCUGCGGACAUCUGAACACGCACGAGUUUUCGUCUCAAGCUUUCCAUCAUGGGAUCGUUCUCGUCCAGUGUCCAUCUUGCUUGAAUAGACAUCUGAUCGCCGAUCAUUUGCAAUGGUUUACUUCCAAUCGGACAUCAGACGACCCGAAUUUCAAGGACGACCAUCGGACGAUUAUCGACCUGAUGAGAGCUAAGGGCGAAGCCGUCAAGCGAGGCCGGGUCGUCACCUCUUUUCAAUCUCGCUCUAGCUCUCAAUCUCAAGCAGAUACCCCAAAGGCGGGUGAAGUCCUAGAAUUCUACCAAUAA